AUGCUUGACCAUCUUCUUCGAAUUGAUCGCGUAUUUCGUCAACCUCAAGGACAUUUGCUUUUGAUUGGUGUCUCCGGUUCUGGUAAAACAACACUUUCACGAUUUGUUGCUUGGAUGAAUGGUUAUUCUGUUGUGCAGCUCAAAGUUCAUUCAAAAUACAAAGGUUCCGAUUUCGAUGAAGAUGUUCGACUAGUUUUGCGCAGAGCAGGCUGUAAAGGCGAAAAAAUUUGCUUCAUUAUGGAUGAGUCAAACAUGUUGGAAACUGGCUUUUUGGAACGACUUAAUACACUAUUAGCAAAUGGCGAAGUUCCUGGACUUUUUGAAGGCGAUGAUUACAACACACUGCUUAAUCAAAUCAAAGAAGGAGCUCAACGUCAAGGACAGAUGCCAGACUCGCCAGAGGAAUUAUAUAAAUGGUUUACCCAACAGAUUGUUCAAAACCUUCAUAUUGUCUUUACAAUGAAUCCAUCUGGCGAUGGACUUCGUGCUCGUGCAUCAACAUCGCCUGCUCUUUUCAAUCGUUGCGUCUUAAAUUGGUUUGGCGACUGGUCAAAUGCAUCUUUGUAUCAAGUUGGCGAUCAACUUACUUCCAUGUUCGAGAUAGAUAAAACUGACUAUGUUCCACCAGCUGCAAUGGAACACUGUUGUGAUCGUUUACCUACUGAAAUUUACUAUCGUGAUGCUGUUGUCAACUCUUUUGUUCACAUUCACAACGAGGUUCAAAGGACGAAUGAUGUUGAGUCGCGGAAAGGGCAUCGUGUCAUGGCUGUCACACCUCGACAUUAUCUUGAUUUCAUUAAACACUUCACAACAUUGUUCAAAAGGAAACGUGAAGAAUUAACAGAGGAAAAAAUUCACCUUGAAAAUGGUUUGAAAAAGAUUCAAGAAACUGAAAAAGAAGUUACCGAAUUAAAAUCUUCAUUGAGUCAGAAAAGUGAAGAAUUGCGAACAAAACAAAAACAAGCUAAUGAAAAGUUGCAACAAAUGUUGGCUGAUCAAAGGGAAGCAGAAAAUGAGAAGAAGAAAUCUGAAACUUUACAAGAACAGAUUCGUAAUGAGAAGAAAAUGAUUGAAAUAAAGAAAGCUGAAGUGGAGAAAGAACUUGCUGAUGUAUUACCUGCUGUUGAAGAGGCUAAAAGUGCUGUUUCGGGUAUAAAGAAACAACAACUUGUUGAGGUUCGAUCAAUGGCUUCACCACCCAAAGCUGUCCAGCUUGCUGUGGAAGCUAUUUGUUUGUUACUUGGUGAAAAAGUUAGCAGCUGGAGAGAUAUUCGUGGAAUUUUGGUCAAAGAAGAUUUUAUUCCAAGAAUUGUUCAAUUCAAUACAGAAGCAAUCACUCCAGAAAUUACAGAGAAAAUGAAACCAUUUGUUAACAAUCCAGACUGGGAGUAUGAAAAGGUUCUUCGUGCCAGUCAAGCAUGUGGUCCACUCGUAAAAUGGUCAAAAGCACAACUUUCUUAUGCCAAAAUGUUAAACAAAGUGGAGCCGUUAAACAAUGAACUUUCGCGUCUUCAACAGGAUGCAAGUCAAAAAGCGCAUGCAGGUGGAGAAGUUAAAAGGAAGAUUGAAGAAUUAGAGGAAAGAAUCCAAAAACUUAAGGAUGAAUAUGCCCAACUUAUAGCAGAAGCAGAAAACAUCAAGCAAAAUCUUGCUGCUGUGCAAAAGAAAGUUGAUAGAAGCACUCAACUACUUUCUUCACUUCGAGUAGAAUGUGACCGUUGGCAAGCUAGCCGUGAAGGAUUUAGUCAACAAAAUGCGACUCUUGUUGGUGAUGUUCUUCUUUCUGCUGCAUUCCUCUCUUACUCUGGCUAUUAUGACCAAUAUUUACGAGACAAAUUAUUCCAUAAAUGGAUGAACAUUUUGCAAACAGCCGAUGUUGUCUUUCGUCAUGAACUUGCUCGUAUUGAAUAUCUUUCAACUGCUGAUGAGCGACAACAAUGGUAUACUAAUGGAAUGCCAAAGGAUGAACUUUGCACAGAAAAUGCAAUAAUGCUUCAUAACUUUAACCGCUUCCCUCUUAUCAUUGAUCCAAAUGGACAAUCAAUUGAUUAUAUUUGCAAGGAAUUUUCUUCCAACAAUAGAGAUCAAAAAAUAACUGUUCAGAAGACCAGUUUUAAUGAUAAUUCCUUCAGGAAAACACUUGAGUCAGCAUUACGUUUUGGCACUACAUUGUUAGUCCAAGAUGUUGAAUCUUAUGAUCCAAUUCUGAAUCCAGUCUUGAACAGAGAGGUCAAGAAAGCAAGUGGUCGUGUACUUAUCACAAUUGGAGAUCAAGACAUUGAUUUAUCACCUGCCUUCAAAAUAUUUCUUUUUACACGAGAUUCUUCGGUUGAGUUUCCUUCUGAUGUUUGCUCUCGUGUCACUUUCGUCAACUUUACUAUUACUAAAACUAGUCUGGAAUUACAAUGUCUCAAUCAAGUGCUUCAUAGUGAACGUCCAGAUAUUGAAGAGAAGCGAAACAAUUUACUAAAAUUACAAGGAGAAUUUGCGGUAAAACUUAGGCAGUUGGAGAAGGCUUUGUUGAAUGCUCUCAAUGAUUCAAAAGGAAAAAUUCUUGAUGAUGAUUCAGUUAUUGCAACGUUGGAAAAACUUAAAAACGAAGCAAAGGAAGUACAAAAGAAGUCUUCUGAAACUGAUGAAGUCAUAAAAGAGGUUGAUCGUGUUUCUCAAGAAUACAACAAAUUGGCUACUGCUUGUUCCUACAUUUACAUGAUGUUGCAUCAAUUGGAAGAAAUUCAUCUUCUUUACAAUUAUUCGCUCGAUUUUCUUUUGGAUAUAUUCACAAAUGCAUUGAAAUCGCCGCGAUUGUCUGGAGUAAAAGAUCAUCAUACAAGGCUUUCAAUUAUUCUUCAGGAUUUGUUUUCGUUGACAUAUUCACGUGUCUCUCAUGGCAUGAUGCACAUUGAUAAAAUUUUGUUGGCUCUUCUUUUGUUACGAAUUUAUUUGCGUUGUACUAGCUCAAACAAAUUUGAAGAAGAAUUUGAUUAUUUGCUUCUUUAUUCUUCCAAGCUACAACUUAAAAGUGCAACAAAUCAAAAUUUAAAACAAAUUGUCAUUCCACCAUUAAAUGAACAACAAAUUGCUUCUCUUAUUUCACUUUCAAGAUUGCCAGCAUUUAAGGAAUGUAUUGACAAAUUUAAAACAUCUGUUACAACUGAGGAUUUGACUGAAUGGCUUCGAUCUGAUCAACCAGAAAAUUCUGUUCCUGAAAUAUGGACAACUAAAGAGCUUGGAAAUCCAAUUACAAAAGCUCUAAACGAAUUUAUUGUUAUUUACACGUUGAGGCCAGAUCGAUUACUUGCUUCUGCACAUUUGCUUAUUUGUGCAACUUUUGGUAAUGAAUUUAUGCUUCAAGAUAAAGUACUAAAUCUUCGAGAAGUUAUCGAACAUGAGAUUAAAAGCAAAGUUCCUGUACUUUUAUGUUCGGCUGUUGGUUAUGAUGUUUCUGGACGCGUAGAAGAUUUGGCUGUAGAAAUGAAUAAUAAAGAUAUGAUUUCAAUUGCAAUUGGGUCUUCUGAAGGAUUUGAUCAAGCUGACAAAGCACUUGAUUCUUCUAGUAGAAAUGGACGUUGGAUGUUACUGAAAAAUGUUCAUUUGGCAACUGAUUGGCUUACACAUUUGGAAAAGAAGUUGCAUAAUUUGAAGCCUCAUAAUAAUUUCCGAUUAUUCUUAACUGCUGAAAUUAACUCCAAAUUACCUGUUUCAAUGAUUCAGGCUUCUCGUGUUCUAGUAUUUGAGCCUUCUACCGGUCUAAAAGCGAACUUAUUGCGCUCAAUUUCGUCAAUAUCUCCUCAGAAAAUUGCGAAAAAUCCUGCUGAACGUUCAAGACUUUACUUUUUGUUGUGUUGGUUCCAUGCAAUAGUUCAAGAACGUUUGAGAUAUCAACCACUUGGAUGGGCAAAUUCAUAUGAAUUCUCAGAUGCAGAUCUUCGUGUUGCUUGUGAUACUUUGGAUCAAUCGGUUGAUGAAAUUGCUCAAGGACGAAGUAAUGUCAAACCAUCAAAACUUCCUUGGUUGGCUUUACGUUCAUUGUUGUCACAAUGUAUUUAUGGUGGAAAAAUUGAUAAUCGAUUUGAUCAGAAUUUGUUGGAAACAUUCCUAAAUAAAUUAUUCACUCAAUGCCUUUUUGAUUCCAAUUUUGUAUUAAUCGAAGAUAUUGAUGGAAAUUCUACUCCGUUAGUUGUGCCAGAUGAAACUUCAACAAAGGAUAGUUUAAUCAAUUGGGUCCAUCAAAUAAAAGCAGCUCAAAUGCCAAGUUGGAUUGGUCUUCCAAAUAAUGCAGAAAAAGUUCUUUUGACGGAACGAGGUCAAGAAUUGCUUCGUAAAAUGCUUAAAAUGUCAGAUGAUGAGCUAGCUUAUGACGAAAUUGACAGCUCUUUACAAAAUAAAGUAGCGCCUUCUUGGAUGGUUGUUCUUAAAGAACAUUGUCAAGCUUGGUUGGCAGAAUUUCCAAAGGAGAUUUGCAAAUUGCGUCGCACAAAAGAAAAUGUUAAGGAUCCAAUUUUCCGGUUCUUUGAGCGUGAAAUUAAUUUGGGCUCUCGUUUGCUUAAUGAGAUUCGUAAAGAUUUAAUUGAAUUGCUUGAAAUAUGUGAUGGCAAACAUAAACAGAACAAUCACACUCGUGAAUUAAUUGCUGCACUUGUAAAAAGCAAACAGGUGCCUCAAAGCUGGAAACAAUAUACAACUCCUCGUGAUGUUAUUGCACAUGAAUGGAUGAAUGAUUUGAAAGAACGUGUUAAACAAUUGGAUCGACUUUCCCGUUCUAACAACUUGAAAGCAGAAAGUAUUUGGCUUGGAGGAAUGUUUUUCCCUGAAGCUUACAUCACUGCAACGCGACAAUUUGUAGCACAAACUAAUGGGUGGUCGUUAGAACAGUUAAAUAUGCAUGUUCGUACUGUUGGGAAAGGUGUUGAACAACAAAAACAACAGCAAGGACCAACAAGUUUUUCACUUACAGGCCUCCGAGCAGUUGGAAUUAAUUGUGAAUCUCCAAAUAAAAUAAAGUUGACAGAUUGUAUUCACUCAGAAGUUGACAAACUUCAAUUUGUUUGGACAUUGGAGAAGCAAAAGGAGAAGGAAGUUGUUUCUGUUCCGGUUUAUUUAUAUUCAAAUCGUGCACAGUUCCUUUUUGAAUUAUAUUUUGUUCCCGUUAAUUUUGAUAAGGCAUUGCUUAGUCAGCGUGGUGUGGCGCUCUUGACAAAUUCAUCAUUUUAA